AUGGCCCGUCAACUCCCUACGCCAGUCGCUAGCCGCCCCGGCACACCUAUCAACCCCGUCCCUAAUAUGGACGAGGAAUUCUCGCAGCUCCCGCUCCAGUGCAGCAGAAAAGGACUGGGCGAAUCGACCGAGAUCUACUACGUCUCGCCUUACUACAACGUUGUCGAAAAGAUCAAGCUUCCUGCCUCGCCGCCGCCCUCGUACAUCGACCUGGCCAGCAACGAUAAGCAUCGGCAUCUGGACAUGGAUGACGAGGAGAGCAAGUCCGACGUGCAUUCUUGA